CAUUUUCACCAUAUCACCGUCUGUGGUGUGCCUUUUGGAUCAUUCGGAAUACAUGUUUAACUGAACAGAAGUAGAUUGAUCCAAACAGAUCGUGUUAAUCUGUUAAGUAUUUGAAAUAAUAGUGAUUUUGAGGAAUUUAAUUUAUAUUCUUAUAGUACGGGAAGUUUAAACUAAAUGUACGAGGAUAUGAACGUGCUUACGUAACACUUUAAUAAUUAUUCGUGAAUCAGUCCUGACAAUGUUUAAACUAGAAUAUAUAUUGAAAAAAAAUGUAUUAGGUGAAAUAUAUGCAUGUAUUAAACAAGUCUGCCCUCAGUAUGGUGUAUUCAUGUAGUAACAUUUGUGUUUUUAAACUGUUCUACUAUUAAGAUAGAACAGUUAUGUUAACAUUUGACAAACCUGACGGUGUAUACGAGACGAUUUUACCUGCGUAAUUUGUUAAUUUCCUUCCUGGUUUAAAUUAAAAGAAACGCAUUACUUCCUGGUAUAAAGAAAUAAGAAACUUUAUAUUUCAAUAUAAAACUAUUAGAUUAGAACAAUAACAUUGUUGAUCUUACAAAUAAAAGAAAGCGUUAUAUUUUUAAAAGAAUGAACAACCGAAAAUCACAAAAGGGAGUGAUAGAUACAAAUAACCGUCCUUUAUCUAAAAAGUCAGAUGCUAGAAUACAACAAAAACCUCAGCAGCGACAACAACAACUACAUCAUCAACCAAAAGCGCAUGGUGGAGACGAUGAUACGCCUAGCGGAGGAAGUGCACGCCAGACCCAUUACAAGUUUGAGGUAGCACCGCCAAAUCCUUUUGGAGCAAAAUCAACGCAAUCGGACCACGCAGUCAGGAGUAAUAUGGAAUCAGAUGGAAAUCGUCAACCUCCUAAAACGACAGAUGCAAGAAAAUGCUCAUCACCAAAAGAAGAAGAACUAGAAUGCAUAAGAAACACAAUAAAGGAUGCAUAUGAGAAGUUUAUAGGCAGAAAAAAAAAUCGGCUCUAUAGACCAACAACUGUAAUAGACGAUUUGAAUUUCUACAUAACAAAACUAAUCGGGUGUUUAAGUAUAAUAGAUUGCCAACAUGAAAAAAGAAGAACAAAUAGGAGUAAUGGUACAAAUAGAGAACCUAAUGAUGGGAUACCUCAGAUAUCAAAAGAGAUCAAGAAAUUAUUUAAUAGCAUGAGAGAUGGAACACUAGAUGUAAAAAUGAAAGAUGUGUUUCGAAAUGAACCAGACUCUGCAGAAGAUAUGUUAAAGUGUAUCGAAUGGUCCUUCCGUCAUUAUCAACAGGAAUUUGAAUGGUAUAGACAAGAAAAGAAAAAUGUUGAGAUAGAAAUUGAAAAACUGGCUAAAGACGUCUGUGAUACAGAUGCUGGUACUAAGAAAGGAAUACACGAACAGAUUAGUUGUAUUCGUUUGCAAAUCAAACAACAGAAACGCGAAUAUUUAACGAGUGUUUCAAUGUACGAAAAAGAGAUGUCCUGUGUUGAGGAAGAGGUUAACAAGUUAGUAAAUGAGGUAAACUGUAUAAAUGAGGUUGAAGUUAUAAACAAACAAUGCAAACUGGAGACUAAAGAGGACAAUGAAUUUCGGACUGUGAAAAUUAUACGACAAAUCCGUAGGUCACUUGAAUCUCAAAACUGUCAAACACAAGAAAGACUGAGAGAAUUAGAAAAUAAAUCACAAUACAACAGACAAGUACUUGGAGAUUUAUGUUCACUUCUAAACAUGGAUCUUGAACCACGGCAAAAAGAAGGGAGUUGUAUUGAAAAUAGCGAUUUGGAAAGUAUUGACAAAUGGAAGGUUAUUGUCGAAAACAUGAAAAGAUUGGUUAAAGACAGAGGCCAGUUCGUUGAUCAUGCUAGAACACUGCUAAAGGAUAUAUCAACAUUAAUAAGCAGAGAACCAUUCAGUCUGACAAUGUCGGGACAUUCUGACACAAAACUUGUACAAGUUCUCACACCUGAUUUUCAACAACUUGUGUAUGACAUGAAUAAUGUAAAGUUGUGUUUGGAAGAAUAUCGUAAAAGCCAUAAAGAGAAAUUCCUGAAAAUAGAAGCUUGGAAUGAGUUGAAGGAAUGUGAAAAAAAAUUGCAGAAAGAAAUAGAAGAGCUGAAAGAAGAAAAAGACGUACUUUUAAACAGAUUAUCAAAAAUGGCUGGAGCAAAUUUAACAGACAACAAUCCAGCUAUAGCUGAUUUGAGUGAUCCAAACAGAGCAACUAAACUUGCCGAACAGUUUUCUGAGCUUUACGAUAAUUCGUGGACCGAUGCAUACGAAGUUCUAGAAAUAUCUGACGAAAAUGAGUGUAUCCAGUACCUGCUUAAUAUAAUCGUCGAAUCGUAUAACAUGUGUUCAGAUAUUUCAAAAAUGCAACAAAGAGCUCUCGCUAGAGCAUUACAUAAUCCAACUGAAGGGUUGAGCAUUAAGACAAUAGCAAAUGAGAAGGUGAACCAUGACAGCGAUGUUAACCUUUCUAAACUCCAGUCAAGAACCUUAUCAGAUUUACGAAAAACUUCCGUUGAUUUGUCGAUUGUAGAUGUCAAAUCGUAUAUAACUGCAAAGAAUGAAAACUGGGUUAGAAAGGGUGAAUUAAAACAAUUCACAAUGUCUUGCAUCGAGCUCUGCUGGUUUAUGCAUCUUCAGUCGCCACCUGUUUAUCUGGAUGCCACUCUUGUGUCAGGCUCAACGCUUGAUACCAACAAAUACAAACCGUACACUAAAUCUGGAAAGAAAAUUGAUUUCAUAGUUUGGCCAUCACUUUAUUUGCACAAAGAUGGACCAAUCUUAUGCAAAGGAGUUGCACAAGGAAAGUAGAUGUAACAUUUAUGUAUUUAAGUCUCAGAAUGGUUAUAGAGUGAUGUGCAUUCUUGUUGUCGUAAAUACCGUUCAUACGAUGGAGCUGUGACAGAAUGGUUGUCGACAUAAAUCUCUUGUAUUUUCACAUCUCUACACAUUGAAAUUGAAAUGAAAUAUUUGCUCCAGAAAUUUAAGUGUAUUUGUUCAGAAAUAACAACAAGAGAUAAUAUGUACGUGUGCGUUUAAAUUUAAGUUUUGCAAAUUAUAGAGAUUAUCAUGACAUUCUUAACACUUUUUUGCAGUGUUUUUGCAGCAGUGUAUUUUUCGUUUUGACCGUUUAUCCAUUCAAUAUAUGUUACAUUGAAUAAAAAUAUUUAUUUUGGUGACUUAAAAAUCUGUUAUGCAUUCAUUUAUUUAAAAAAUAUGUAAAACUAUUAAGUUAUUCUGAAAUUUAACAAUUUAAGCUGCCAUAUUUCUAAUCAUUUCAUAGUAAAUAUUAUGUAUAAAAUAUUAUUAUUUAUUUAUUUAUUUAUUUAUAAGAUACAUGUAUAUUUUCUCAAAUAGUCAAACAGAAAACAUUAUCUAACCAGACUUAAUCAAAUUUACGAACAUAAAGAAAAAAAAUUUUGCCCCAUGAAAACCUUAAACUGAAAAAGUUGCUCUUAAGAUUUAAUUGUAGAACUUCAUUUGAAAAUGUGUGCAAACUUGUCUACAUCGGAUUCCGUAGACAGUAAAAUAAGCGACAGAACAUUUUAAUUUAAAAUAUGUAAAAUAAUCCAACAAUGAAUAGCAAAGAUAUAUUAAUUGAGAGCCUUAUAAUCUAUCUAAAUUAUGAGCACACAAAGAAUGUAAAGCAAAACAUAAUUAUGUAACAAUUUAUUUUUUUUCUGUUUCUAAAGGAAAGUCCAGUAUACAUGUAUUUCUAAAUACUAGUAUAUUAUCUCAUAAUGAUAGCCACACACUUUUUAACCUCUGACAGACAUUUUCUAUUUAAAUAACUUUUUGAAAUAGACGAAAGUAUAUAUCUGAUGUCGAAGACAACAGUUCGUACCAUUACAUCGUGAUUGUGACGUCAUCAGGGAUCUUUGACUUCAACGUAUUGUGUAAAAG